AUGGCAACAGGACUAGCCGAAUUAAAUGGUGUAGCAAACGGGUUCCACCCGCACCAAGUACCCUCCCUCGAUGGUGAGCUUGAUCGUGAAGAUGUUGUAGCCGACGCUCAGUCGCUUAGCGUUGCGGUCGCCCAGGCGGGUAAUCACAAUGGCCCCGACGGAGGUGCUCUAAGUGUUACCACUGAAGCAUCUGUUAUUCGUCGCAAGCUCAACGGGUUCGUUGGUUUCAGCAACCUGCCUCAGCAGUGGCACCAAAAGAGUCUUCAAAGAGGAUUCAACCUGAAUGUUAUGGUUGUCGGUGAAAGUGGCCUGGGUAAAACUACACUGCUAACAACGCUUUUUGAAACAAGACUGCAAGGAGGUGAUAGUCAGUCUGCUGUUCGAGCUGACGGCGACCUGAAGUCCACUGUUGACAUCAAGCCGUUCACGGCUGACCUCGAGGAGAACGGCGUCAAACUACGCCUUACUGUUAUCGACACGCCAGGAUUUGGCGACUAUGUCAAUAACAGCAACUCUUGGAAGCCCAUUAUUGACGAAAUCGAUGGCCGCUACGACCAGUACUUGGAGGCUGAAAACUCUGUCAACCGCUCCCGUAUUCCCGACAACCGUGUGCAUGCUUGUCUUUACUUUAUCGAACCAACUGGUCAUUCUCUGAAACCAUUGGAUAUCAACGUCAUGCGCAAGCUACACCAGAAGGUCAACUUGAUUCCGGUCAUCGCGAAAUCGGACACUCUUACCGAGGCCGAGCUGGAGCAGUUUAAGAAUACGAUUCGAACUGACAUUGCUUAUCAGGGGAUCCAGAUCUUCCAACCACCCCGCUAUUCUGACGAUGAUGAAGAAACUCAGGCUGAAACGGCUGAGCUUGUUGCAAAAUUCCCCUUUGCAGUAAUUGGAUCUACCGAACUGGUUGCUACGCCGGACGGCCGGAACGUUCGUGGCCGCCAGUAUCCUUGGGGUGUUGUUGAGGUUGACAAUGAAGAGCAUUGUGAUUUUGUAAAGCUUCGAUCACUGCUCGUGCGAAGCCAUCUUGAAGACCUCCGGGAGCACACGGCCAACGCUCUCUAUGAGAAUUACCGUACGCAGAAGAUGCUUAGCAUGGGCAUCCAGCAGGACUCCACUGUUUUCAGAGAAGUUAACCCUGCACUGCGUCAAGAGGAGGAACGAGCAAUGCACGAGCAGCGCUUGGCUAAAAUGGAAGCUGAGAUGCGCGCUGUUUUCCAACAGAAGGUUACCGAGAAAGAACAGAAACUUAAGAAGAGCGAGGCAGAUCUCUUUGCACGUCAUAAGGAAAUCAAGGAACAGCUCGAAAGACAGCGGGCAGAAUUGGAGGCACGCAAAGCCAAACUGGAGGCUCAAGCUCCUCCCGUGCCCGCUACCGUUCCAUCGAGCGACGACAAGAAGGGCCGGAAGUUCAAGUUCUAA